AUGGACGUUACGGACAAGUUCCAACAGAUCAUCGUCAGCAAGCCAUUUUCUACGUUUGAAAACUUCCAACAGACUUUAAAACUGUUUACAGAGGUUUGUUCUAUGCUCGUGAACGUGAACCGUUGUAGUUAACAGGAAGCCAAUUUACGAUUAAGAGACGAAUGCGACACAAAACAAACGCACCGAUGAGAGACGCGCAUAUUUUCCGUUGCGUUACCUAUGCGUGCAUUUGCACGUUUUCUACAGAGUGUGAGGUCUUCUUCCACAUUGAGUCGAAGGGCAAGUGUAUCCGCGUUACCCAAUUUUACAUGACACACAACCACGAAGUUAUUUACAACCCCGCCUUUGAAGAAGGCGAGUUUUAUCUUUUAUGUUUUACUAUAGUCUUUUAAACUACAGACGACAAUAGGUAUGACGUGCAGUGCGAUCUCACCGACCAGUUCGAAGAAAUGUUCCCUGUAAAGUGCUUCGAUACGUUCGACGAGUUUUGGAAUCGGUUGAAAGAAUUUCAGGCGGUAAGCAAGUAUUUCGUUUCGGGUUCUCAUUUAUUUCAGAAAACAGGGAGUAUAUACAUAAAGCACAAUGCAUGCAGAUGGCCAGCCACCGCUCUUGACAAAGCUCACCUCGUGUAUAGGGUCGUCAAAAUCGAGUGUGUGCAUUACGGCCGCCACGAAUACAAAUCAAACCAGCCUAAUAUAAAGUAACAGUCGUUUAUUUGGACUCUCGGAUUCUGCGUAGGAUGAGUUGCAAAAUCGGGUGCAAGUCCUGUAUUCGCGUUACAUCUGGGACUGGUCGUGUCGUCAUUGGCAAAUUUAAUAUGAAGCACAAUCAUCCAGUGCCAAUCGAAAGCGCCAUACAGUAUCCGUUAAACACCCUCUUGGCAGACGAACGCAAGGUACGGGCUGCCUACCUAUAUAGACCCAUUCUUAGAGAAACUCAGAGUACCACGUUCAGGCCGACGUCACUACGGAAUUUGUAGAGACCUUUGCAUCCGGCAGGUUCUCGACUUAUAAUGAUUUCCUGCUCCGCUUGGAGGAGUUUCAGCAGGUUUUCCCUUUUCCCCUAUCUUAUGUCUCAGGUAACCGGUUUCUAUUACAGCAAACGGAAUUCGGACUUAUGGCCUCCUGACGCGGUGAACAAGCAGCAUUUGAAGUAUAAAUUUGCAGUUUUCGAUUGUGUCCAUUAUGGCUAUACUCACAGCAAUCGAAGACAGAGGAAUACCCCGAGAAGAGCUGGGUUUUGGUUUGUACUCCCGUACUGUUUUCGAUUAAAUUAGUUUUAGAAAUAAAUUCGGCUGCAGAUCCACGUUACGGAUCUCAACUGCUAAGGGUUAUGUUGAGAUUCUAA